AUGUUAGAUGAAUUGCCGCCAGAAAAAAACGAUUUGCGAUAUGAACUUUAUAUGGAUAAUUUGUUUUCAAACCCAGCGCUUUACUCAUAUUUGCAAUUUCGGGGUUAUUCUGCAACUGGAACAAUUCGUGAAAACCGAAUACCCAAACAAUGCUCCCUCACGAAUAAAAAAAUGUUUGUCAAAAUAGACCGUGGAUUUUUCGAAACAGCCAUGGAGAAAUCCGAUGGCCAUUUGUAUGUGAGAUGGAUGGAUAAUUCAGUGGUAACUAUGAUGUCUACUUCGCAUGGAGCUCAAGAAAUUGAGCAACUUAAAAGGUACUCACAACAACAAGAGAAAAAUAUACUGGUUACACGACCUAAAGUUAUUGCAAAAUAUAAUGCCCACAUGGGAGGAACUGAUCAGAUGGACCAGAACCUUGGCUGCUAUCGCCUCGGUAUUCGAGGGAGUGUAAAGUCCUAA